AUGCCACCAAGAAGAGCAGCUUCUUCACAAAACAGUCAGGCUAAUGAUGAUGUACCUCCAGUUGAGGGUUUGCCUCCCGUGAGUACAGAAGGGAUCUAUAGGUAUCUUGGGACACUAGCUGGUUUAGUUGAAUGCCCAGCUCGAGCUGCUGGGACUAAUGUUCAGGGACAGUCUUCAUCUUCUAAAGGUAGCUCUUUUGAUGACUUCAAGAAAUUGGGUCCUCCUUACUUUUUUGGUACUUCAGAUCCAAUAGAGGUAGAGGCUUGGAUUAUGAAAAUAGAGAAAUUCUUUGAUGUCAUUGAUUGUUCUGAGGAACAAAAAGCCUCUUAUGCAGCAUUUAUGUUAGACAAAGAGGCAGACCAUUGGUGGCGCAUGACUAAAAGGCUUUUGGAGGAUCAAAGGCCUAUUGUUUGGAGUCAGUUUAGAGAGGCUUUUUAUAAGAAGUACUUUCCUGACAGUUAUGAGGCUAAGUUUACCGAACUAUCACGUUUUGCCCCACAGUUGAUUGCUACAGAGGAGGAAAAAGCAGUAAAGUUUCAAGAUGGAUUGAAGCCUUAUCUGAAGAAUAAAAUAUCAAUUCUGAAGCUUAGUGUUUAUUCAGAGAUGGUAGAUAGAGCCCUUAUUGCAGAGAAAGAUAAUGAAGAGUUUCACUAG